AUGGAGCCCAAGGAUAAUAGCUUGGAGAGUGGUUCUGAGGAGACAGCAAGCGAUGAGUCUCCUUCUGUGUCUCGUGGGUUGGUGAGGCAGAGAGUUGGUCCAUCUGGUAUGAAGCAGGGCCGCUUCAAUGAUGUAUUUUUUGAGAGAUACUUCGCGAUCUCCACUCAGGAUAAGAAGGCUGAUGAGUUCUCGGGCCUGACGCAGGGAACUCUGAUUAUGCAGAGGUAUGCCGCCAGAUUUAUUAAGUUAUCUCGGUUUGCACUGUACUUGGUCCUAAAUGAGUACAAAAGGCUCAGAGCCACCAUAGUUGAGAUCGACCUUCGGGGUGAUGAGGUGGUGCAGGAACAGAGGAAGAGGCCAGUUUCUUCUAGUUCUCAAUCUGGUCCUCGGCAAGGACAGUGGAAGAAGAAGAAGAACUAUAACUCGGGUUAUCAGCAGUCUACCGAGCGACAAAGUUAUCAGGGGCAUCCAUCCUCCGCAUCGUGCGCCAAGUGCCAUAAAAGGCACGAUGGGGAGUGUCAACCAUUUUGGGGUAACUGCUACAAUUGUGGCAUGCUAGGCCACAUGUCACAGAGUUGUCAGGCACCGAGGAGAGAUACGCCUGCAUAG